GCAGUGGCGCUUCAGUUCACAGGCUAAUACCGUGGCGCGCGGUUGGAUGGCCUGCGUGCGGUGUGCGCGUCUUCUUGUCGAACGAAAGGGGAUAGAGAGCCGAUCGAAAUUUCCAUCGUCGUUUAACGUGACAAAAGACGAGAUAACGGCAACGAUUUUUCGCGAUUGAAACAAUCGAAACUUGAACGAUUAUUCUCCCUCGAGGGAUAUUGUCGACUUUAAUCUGACGUAUCUCUUUCAUCGCAUGAGAGAAACAAGCUUGUAAUCUUCUCGCGGCCAAUCGAUUCGACGAAAUCUGUCGAUUGCGAUCAGUGUGAAUAGUGUUACAUCUACUUUAACCGCGCAAAUUGGAACGCAACUUUCAGAGUGUCGACGACGACGAACAGAUUGAAGUGACGCGCGGAUAAACAGAUCGAGAGAGGCGCGAGUGGUUGUCUAUCAUCGACUCGUCGUAGAGAAUUACCGGCUCGGGCGUAUAGAAGGGCGUAAUCGAAGAGCUCGUAAAGUGAGUGAGUGACAGUGGCGGAAGUGUGUGAUCGCCAGGACGACGGAGGAUAGGACGCAAGUUCUUAACGACGUGAGUGUACAGCGAGAGAGGAUCAUCGUUUCUCGAGGAUCGGAGACGACGCGUCGCGACGCUCGUCAAAAACGUAACGGACCCGGAGACAUCUCGCCGUCGUCCGUACUUCUGAGUGAUGUUUUGAGCACUACCGCGCAGAAAGAUGAAGACUGCGGUUGGUUCGCUCCUCCUUCUCCACCUCCUCAUCAUCGGCGGUGUCGUCUCCGUCGAGUGGAAGCACAGCGCUGUUCUGGACAACAAUUUCUUGGUGCUGUGGACGCCCGGCGAGAGGGAUGUUACAUUCGAGAUCCAAGUGAAGACCCUCGGCUACGUCGGACUCGGUUUCACGAAGGACGACGGCCGCGCUGGGGCUGACAUGGUCAUCGGUUGGGUCGAUAAUAACGGCCAGGUCCACCUUCAGGACCGGCACGUGAAGGACACCAGCAGGGAUCCGCAAAUGGAUUCGAGCCAGGAUUACCGGCUGUUACUGGGUUACGAGAACAAGACGCACACAGUGCUACGUUUCAGUAGGCGAUACGACACAUGCGACCCGCGGGACUUGAAGAUCACGAACGACACGAUGCAAGUGGUUUGGCAAUAUCAUGUCGAGGAACCGGUAUCAGCGGCCGGGGUCUUGCCCGAUCACGGUGCUGUACGAGGCUCGAGGCCGUUGUAUCUAGUGCAGAGAGACACGCAGCCCAGACGAAGCUCGCGUAAUCAGGACGCGGAACCGCCGCUGAAGAUCUGGGAUAUUUUGAACAAACAGGUUCGUUUACCCAUGGGGCAAGACAUGCUGCUCUGGUGCCGUGUCCUGAAGAUGCCGAGCAUUAAUCACAAACACCACGUCGUGAAGUAUGAACCAGUUAUUCAGCCGGGAAGCCACGAAUACCUGCAUCACAUGACCCUGUACGAGUGCCGUGGAGAUCAAGCCGAAUUGGAAUCCGCGGCCGAAACGACCGGGAGUGUCUGUUAUGUUCCUGAUAAACCCGCAUUCCAGUGCAACACGAUCGCGGCCACUUGGAGUCUCGGUUCUGAGGGCUUUAAUUAUCCGCUGGAGGCCGGAUACGCGCUCAAUCCAUUCACGGGGCCGCGCUACUACAUGCUGGAGACCCACUAUACGAAUCCGCAGCUGGACGCCUUCAUCAGCGAUAGCAGCGGCCUCCGUCUCCUUUAUACCGAUCGGCUACGUGGCCACGACGCCGGAAUCCUCAGCGUCGGCAUCGACCCGAACUGGCGGCACAUUAUACCUCCGGGCCAACCCGAAGUGGUCUCCGAGGGCCACUGUAUCGCCGAAUGCACUGGCCAGACGAUACCAAAUAGCGGCAUCAACAUGUUCGCCGUGAUCAUGCACACCCACCAACUCGGUAGGAAGGUCCGCCUGCGGCAGAUCCGCGGCGGCGAGGAACUACCGCCGAUUGCCGCCGAUACCAACUACGAUCCCAAUUAUCAGGAGUAUCGGAGACUCCAGAGACCAGUCAAGGUGUAUCCGGGUGAUCACUUGGUCGCCGAAUGCACGUACUCGUCCGAAUCGCGGGGGGCCAUCACGCUCGGUGGCUUGGCAACGAGAGAAGAGACUUGUCUAGUGUCCGCUCUCUAUUAUCCUCGCAUUGAGUUAUCUCUCUGCUAUUCUUUACCCUCGUUACCGACAGUACUGCACAGCUUGGGAAUCCAGAAAUUAGUACAGGGUUCUAGCCCGGUAAUGAUCCAGGAGCCGCAGAAAUUGGCGGGGAUGACGCUGGAGGAGCGACUAAUCAGUUACGACUGGGAGUCGAACUUCCAGAGCUUCCAGGAAGCCACCCGCGGGGGCACGUUUAAGCCGCUGUGCGGCAGUAGCAAGGGUGCUUUGCCCGGCACGGAUAACCUCGAGGUGCACUAUCCGCGCAUCCUCAGGCCUUACGAGGAGGCGAGCGUGCCCUGCGCGAAGAAGCCGCUGCGGAACAAACUGUCGAUGCUGCUAAGCGAGGACGACGACAUCGGCGCGCCAGUCGACCCCGACAGCGAUGAAUCGAACGCGGUCGAGCGAGGUCAGCUGGUGCGUAGCAAAGUGUCCCGCAGCAGCGACGCUGGACUCACGGCCGGUAGUUCCUGCGAACGUACAGUAUCGGCAGCGGUGAUCUUGGCCGCCGUUACUGUCAUCGCGGGCGCCGCGUUCAGGUGAACAUCGUCGUUGUUCGAUCGGUCGUUCUAGUUCACUCGGAUCGUCCUGACGAUCAUUUAUCGCGAUCGAGUUCGCGACGAAUGAUACCGAGAAACAACAGCAGCAGCUGGAGUAAGUACAUGCCAAUCUCAGCGACGCGUAUCUUAGGCUUAGAUAGGUAUUAUCGUUCUCCGACCGAGCGCGCCCGGGAUUCGUCAAGAGAUUCGAUUGAUAGUUUUCUUUUUUUUUUCCGGUCGCGGUGGAAUGAUUUCUCCGGCACGGCUAGCGGAAUCUGCGCGUCGGAUAGUUUAUAAUGACAAUGAAAUAAUCGAAACUGAUUGAUAUUUAAACAUAUGUUUAAUUUGAGCGUUUAAGUUUAUACUGUUAAAAAUUUUAUUGACGUAUCGCGUCAAUUUAUAUUUGCGCGUUACUGAUUGUAAUUUUUCAAAACUAGAAUUACAUGUAACUUUUCAAGAAUAAGCAGUUUAUAGAAACUUGACACACAUGCUCGUGUAACGCCAUGAUUUCGCCAGCCUUCAUUCGUGAACUUCGAAUUUCUGCGAGUGAAAAAGGACAAUUGCAAUCACCGUUCGGUGUAAAUGAAACUUAUAUACAAACAUAUAUCAUAGAAGAUGUAGUGGAAAUUACCGGAUCCACAUUAUCUCGACAUAUACAUAGAUGUUGAAGUAAAAUUAUGAUAAUUUUAUAUGAUAACAUCAUCAAAAAUCUUGUCCAUCUCAUACUCGAUUUUAUCAGCCAGAAACAUUAACUCUUUCUUUCUUAUAAUUAAGUUCGUAUUAAUUAAUAUGAUCAUGUGUCAAGGAGAGAAUGUCUAAAAUAAGAA